AUGGUUGCCGAAGUCGAUGAUGAGUUGCAAUUGAUGCGCGCAUCGGCAGGACUCUUGUCAGAUCUGCAAGCUGCGCUUUCGAAACUGCUGUGCAAACGGGGAGACAAGGGUCGCGUCCACUAUCUUGUUCGUUCACGCGAUCUCGACCACGUUAUUCAAUUGAUCGAACCUUUCCAAGGAGAACCUCAAUUGCUCGAUGCUCAUCUCAAGACAUUGUUGCUCCCAAUUGUCGAAGCAUAUCUAGCCUUUCUCCAACUCCCACAAACCAAGUCUCCCUCCAGCCUCGCAGUCUCUCUGGAUGUCGCCGCCAGUAAACUCUUAUACACUUUUUGCAAGGUCCGUGGAGAAAAGAUCAUCAUCGGCUUUCUCAACAAUGAACCCAGAUAUCUGGAGCUCGUUUUGACCAAUCUCGAGGACUUCAAAGUCCUGAGCGCAGACUCAGAUACUGCCUGGGAGAAGUCCUAUGUCUUGCUUCUAUGGCUGUCUCACUUGAUGCUCGUGCCAUUUGACCUCAGUUCGAUAUCGACUGUUGCUGAGUCUUCCAGGACUCAAGAGCACAUGUCUCUACAGCCACAAGUUCCCUCGAUCGCACGACGUGUCAUAGCAUUGGGCGUCCAUUACCUCGCAAGUGCUACGCGAGAACAAGAUGCUGCAGCCAAAAUGCUUGUACGUCUGGUCACUAGACCCGAUAUGCAACGCCUCGAGCUUCCCGCUGCAGUUGUGUCUUGGGCAUUGACGAAGCUCCUGAAUCCGUCUGCUUCGCCCAACUCAAACCUUCACACUUUCUUGGGCCCUCUGCGAUUUUUGGUAGGAAUGACAGUAUCGGUCGACACACCGGGUGUCGCUAAUCUCAUGCCAUCCAUCUACUCGAUUGGUCAGAAACUCAUGGAUGAUGCGAUGCUUGCGUUCCUAAGCUCUUCCGCCGUUACGAAGAAACUUGUCGUUAAACUGCUGCGUAAUAUAGCUUUGCUGAGCCUGCAAUGCUCGUUCGAUAACCUUGUUGACUUCUUUGAGGCAUCGGGUGUCUUGGAAGAGACAAUCGAGUGCUGCUUACAGUCACUUGAAGAUCGUGACACACCUGUCAGAUUCGCAGCCAGCAAAGCACUAAGUAUGAUCAUCUUACGACUCGACCCAGAGAUGGGCCAUGAAGUCAUCCAGGCUGUCCUCGAGAGUUUCAAGGAGGACAUGCCCAAGUCUUCCCUAAAGCCUGAUUUCGGUGCAGCAAACGCAUUGAGAUGGCAUGGCUUGACCUUGACAUUGGCACAUGCAUUGUUCAGGAGGUCAGCGUCACCGCAGCAACUUCCCGAAAUCUUGAACGCCUUGUUGUUAGCACUCAGCUUUGAACAGAGAUCUGCUGUUGGUGUAAGUACUGGAAGCAACGUCCGUGAUGCCGCUUGUUUCGGAAUUUGGUCAUUAUCUCGAAGGUACACCACGAAGGAACUGUUAUCAACAGACACAUCGCAGAUUGGAUUUGAAUUCUGUCAAGACGCCGGAUCUAUCAUUCAGGUCGUUGCUAUUCAGCUUUUGCUUUCUGCGUGCUUUGACCCUUCCGGAAAUAUCAGGAGAGGAUCGUCAGCUGCUCUACAGGAGCUUAUUGGUAGGCAUCCUGAUCAAGUCAGCAACGGUAUCUCCCUCGUGCAAGUAGUCGACUACCACGCAGUUGGACUCCGGCAGCGUGCCAUGGUGGAUGUGGCUCAAGAUGCCGCGAACCUCGAUACCAUAUAUCGAGAGGCACUGCUUGCCGCGCUCGGAAAGUGGAGAGGUCUCGGUUCCACUGAUGUUCUUUCCCGUGAGGCUGCCGCGGAGUCUGUUGGCCUGCUGUGUGCUCCUCAAACACCUCAGAAUGUCCGUAUCACGCUUGAGCACUUACAACAAUGCAUCUUUGCGUUCCCAAACUCUGAUGUCGAACAAUGCCACGGGUCCUUGCUUGCUCUGUCAAGAGUCCUUGACACGAAGAUGCUUCAACUGACCAAAGGCGACGACCUGAAUUCGAGUACGAAAGACUUGAAAUAUUUACUGUCUUUAUGGAAGCUGUUUGACGAGGAAAGACAUCUCUAUAAGAACCAGACAUCACGGGCCACCCGUGCAGAGUUGCCAUCAGCUGUAACACGGCUUUUGGCAUCUCUUUCGGAGCUAUCCUUACUAUUCGAGACGGAUCAUGUAGAUCUGACAUCACAGAUACCCAAGUUGAGGCCGAUUGUAUCUGCUUUGAUCUCUUCUUCAGAAACCUCAGUCUCGCAGGUUCUACCGCGUCUGGUAAGAGCACUCUCAAGACUGAGUCAAUCAGGCCUCUUGACCACCCCUAUCCUGAACAUUUCCGACUGUCUUCCUAGAAUUGCGCACGAUGCUUCGGGUAUGGUCGUGCAAGGGUCCGGGCGUGUCACUGCUCUUGGCUCAGCAUUCCCAUGGCUGCAAGAUAUAUACCAUUGCAACCGAAUCGUAGCUUGCGAUCUUCUCUCGAAUAUGGUUCAAAAAGCUCCAUUGACUGAAUGGCGCAUCGUUGGUUUACAAGCCGUAGAUCUCAUGAUCCAAGCAGAUACUAUUGGUGCUGACGUCUUGCCGGCAGUCCUCUUAGCUCUUGAUGCUGGCCUCAACGACUACACCAUUACUGAAAGGGGAGACGUUGGUUCGCUGGUACGAACACAGGCAAUACAAUGCGUUCAAAGCCUGUGGAAGUCAACCCAGACAAAACUCGAUUCAGAGUCCCGACAUCUGCUAGAAGGGAACAUCAUCCGCUUAGCUCUCGAGAAGAUGGACAGGGUCCGACUGCACGCUGCAAUAUGUUUAAAACAAGAUCUCAACACGAAAAGUGUUUCCGAUAUGGAUGUGACAAGUUAUCAAUAUUUCCUGAACUUGUUCACGCCAUUAAAUGAUGACCCACCUAUCUGGAAGCGUGAAGCAAUAUUGAAGGGAAGUAUAUCAUGCGCUGGAGUAGGUGCAGAGGGAUUACUACGAGCCUCUCGUAUGGCUUUGGUCGACACAUUAUCAAGAGGAAGUGACAGCAUGAGGUCUGCUUGCUUGUCUGCUCUCACAAGUUGCUUGAGAGAGCUCAUAACAAAAGAGGCUGAGAGUCAGCCCCUUUUAGAGCUUAUCGCGUACAUACUAGAUGCGCUCCCCUCUAUUGUUCCUCCCGACGGCCCCUUCAACUGGCGGGUCCUGCUAUCCUUGGUGCAAAAAGCGCAUUUCAAGUCCAACAACAUCCCGAGGAUACUGGCAGCUGUCGAGGUUUACCAGGCACUGGCUGACAAACCGACUGCCCGUGCCGACACUUUGAAGAAGCUUGUCAGCAUGCUGAGAACGAACCCAUAUCCUACAGUUCGUACUGCAGUGGCUGAAUGCUUGUUCCUCGCAACAGGCGAUCAAGCCCUGAAGAUCAUUGACUGCAACAAGUCAUCGCAGGCCUACAAUGUGCCGAUCGAUGUGCGGUGA